AUGCAAGCCAGAUCAGCUAUAAACCCUGGUGUGGCAAAGAAAGAAGCUGUGAGGCAUCAUGUCUUGGAGUUACUGAAACAGCACAGGAUGGUAUUUGGGGAUUACACAUGGAAGGAAUUUGAUGAUGAAUUCCUGGUGAAGAAUAUUGAAUCUGUGGCCAUUGUUGAUACAGACCUCAGAAAUCCGAUUGAUCUAAACAGUUGCUGCCUAUCCAUUCACAUUUUCACUUUAAGUGAGGAGGAGCCCAGCACAGAAGAGAAUCUAGAAGAGGAGGAUGAUAACUUAAUAGCAGCAAAUCACUGGCUCUUACCCUCUGCUGAAUUUCAUGGUAUCUGGGAAAGUCUGGUAUAUGAGAAUGAAAUUAAAACACAACUGCUGGACUAUGUAUCAACCACGAUGUUAUUCUCUGACAGAAGUGUGGACAGCAACCUUAUAGCCUGGAACAGGGUUGUACUUCUGCAUGGUCCCCCAGGAACAGGGAAGACCUCAUUAUGUAAGGCUUUGUCUCAAAAGCUUGCAAUUAGACUCUCACAAAGAUACAGCUAUGGACAGUUUGUUGAGAUAAACAGCCACAGUUUAUUCUCUAAAUGGUUUUCUGAGAGUGGUAAACUAGUAACUAAGAUGUUCCAGAAGAUUCAGCAGUUCAUUGAUGAUAAAGAUGCCCUUGUUUUUGUUCUCAUUGACGAGGUUGAGAGUCUUACUGCAGCCCGCAGUGCUUCGCGGGCUGGCACUGAGCCAUCUGAUGCCAUACGUGUAGUUAAUUCUGUUCUGACACAACUUGACCAGAUUAAAAGGAAUCCUAAUGUUGUAAUAUUGACAACAUCAAAUGUCACAGAGAAAAUAGAUUUGGCUUUUGUAGACAGAGCUGAUAUUAAGCAAUAUAUUGGCCCACCAUCUCCUGCAGCAAUCUUCAAGAUAUACCUCUCCUGCCUGGAUGAGCUAAUGAAGUGCCAGAUAAUUUACCCCAGACAACAGCUGCUGACACUAAGAGAGCUGGAGACGCUUGGCUUCUUGGAGAACAAAGUAUCAGAGCUCAGUCUCUUUCUCAAUAGAAUUGCACAGAAAAGUAAAGGGUUAAGUGGCAGAGUGCUGAGGAAGCUUCCUUUUUUAGCUCAUGCUCUUUAUAUCCAGGCCCCAACAGUUACACUGGAAAAGUUUCUUGAAGCUCUGUCCCUGGCAGUAGAUAAACAGUUUGAAGACAGGGCAAACCUGAUGAACUGUGUGUGAGAUGUU